AUGGACGCUUCUGUCAGUAAUGGCAGAAAAUAUCGUCUGCAUUUGAGGAUAUCUAUCUAUCUAUCUAUCUAUCUAUCUAUCUAUCUAUCUAUCUAUCUAUCUAUCUAUCUCAGUCUGUUCAUUAUCUAUCUAUCUAUCUAUCUAUCUAUCUAUCUAUCUAUCUAUCUAUCUAAGAUACACACUUAUCUAUCUAUCUAUCUAUCUAUCUAUCUAUCUAUCUAUCUAUGUUGUUCGCAUUUGCAUCAAACCUCUUUCAUUCUAUCUAUCUAUCUAUCUAUCUAUCUAUCUAUCUAUCUAUCUAUCUAUCUAUCUAUCUAUUUCAGGCUGUUCAUAUCUGUCUGUCAGUCUAUCUAUUUCAGUGUUUUUUGCUUUCAUUUUUUCUUUCAUUCAUUCAUUCAUUCUUUCUUUCUUUCUUAUAAUCUAUCUAUCUAUCUAUCUAUUUCAGGUUGUUCAUAUCUAUCUAUCUAUCUAUCUAUCUAUCUAUCUAUCUAUCUAUCUAUCUAUCGAUUUCAGGUUGUUUAUAUCUGUCUGUCUGUUAGUCUAUCUAUCUCAGUUUUUCUUUCUUUCAUUCUUUCUUUCAUUCAGUCUUUCUUUCUUAUAAUCUAUCUAUCUAUCUAUCUCAGUAUUUUUUUCUUUCAUUCAUUCAUUCAUUCUUUCUUUCUUUCUUUCUUUCUUAUAAGCUAUCUAUCUAUCUAUCUAUCUAUCUAUCUAUCUAUCUAUCUAUCUAUCUCAGUCUGUUCAUAUCUAUCUAUCUAUCUAUCUCAGUAUUUUUUUCUUUCAUUCAUUCAUUCAUUCAUUCUUUCUUUCUUUCUUAUAAUCUAUCUAUCUAUCUAUCUAUCUAUCUAUCUAUCUAUCUAUCUAUCUCAGUAUUGUAACCAGACAGCCAGCCACAACCAUCUCUCUCUCUCUCUGUCUCUCUUUCUUUCUUUCUUUCUUUCUUUCUUUCUUUCUUUCUUUCUUUCUUUCUUUCUUCUGCAUUCCAUUUCUUUCUUUCUUUCUUUCUUUCUUUCUUUCUUUCUUUCUUUCUUUCUUUCUUCUAUAUUCAAAUUCUUUCUUUCUUUCUUUCUUUCUUUCUUUCUUUCUUUCUUUCUUUCUUUCUUUCUUUCUCAGUCACUUUUUUCUUCCUUUGCUUCUUUCUUUCUUUCUUUCUUUCACAGUGAUGGCGCUUGCCGAACCGGCAAUAUUCAUGGCAACAUUUCAGAGGGGGCUGAAAUGAAGUCCCUGUUCAUAAUUUUCUGA